UGCUCGACGCUCUCGCUGGAAUCGCUCCAGAGGAACGGAAAAUGGCGGACCUCGAAGACGUAACCCUGGACGGGAGACCGCUCCACUCUCUUCGUGUAGCAGACUUAAAAGCUGCUCUUGAGGAAAGGGGAUUGCCCAAAAGCGGACAAAAGAAUGCUCUCGUCAAAAGACUCAAAGGGGCUCUUAUGGUGGAAAACCUGCAGAAGACCUUCACUCCUUAUGACGGACUGCAGCCAAACUCUCAGAUUAGCGAGGAAAUGAGCCAGAAUAGCCUCAUUCAGCAGUAUCUGGCCAAACAACAAGAGCUCUUGCGCCAACUUCGCGAGAGAGAGGCCCUUCAAGCCAACGAUACUAACGAGCAAGAGGAACGCAGAGACGUUAAUAACAGCAUUGCAUGUCCUUCGCAAGCCCAGGAUGCGACCCCAGCCUCGGCUGAGCAGCACAAGCCACCCGAGCCAUCUGAUGGAGGGAUCCGCUUUUCUGCAGUAACGGAGGGAGAGGCUAAUAACAACCAGGAAGCUCACAUGUCUGCUCCUCCUGCUUCUGUGUCCAUUACCACGCAUGUUCCCGGCAAUGAGCAUCAACCGGAGAAAAGUUCUGCGGCCAGCGACUUCCCGGCCGACAGUGACGAUGAUGAUAGCGAGGACGGCGAGGAGGAUGGGGAUGACGACGACGACUGGGGCAGUAGCGUUCGCAGGAGAACACAGAAACAACCGGCCAGAGGGCCCUCAACUCGGGAGAGGUGUGGAGCAUCUCGCCAACCCCAGCAGCCGCAGCACAUCCCUUCCCUUUUAUCUCCUCAACUCCGCCAGCCAACGCCUCCUCCGUCCCCACCUCCAGAGUUAUCUUUCUCUUUGCCUGACACCCCAAAACAGAGCCCCCCUGGUCUGGAUGUAGCCCCAGCAAGGCACUCGCCCAGUAACUCCAGCUCCGGUUCCUCGAGCAGCGGUAGUCGCAGUAGCAGCCCGGAGCCACAAAGGAGUGGACACGUGGAGCAGCGCAAACCCGGCCCGUUAAGUCUCCUGGCACGUAAAAUGGAGUCCGAAGGCGCUUUCUCCGGGGCUUUUUGGCCCGGUGGCAAUGGGGAAGGGAGUCGGAAAGACAACAACCCAUCGAUAGCCACAUCUUUUGGUGGCACAGAACACGUUGAAGGUCUCUCGUUGGCUACCGCCGCAGGUCACGUGCCAGUUGCUAUGAGAACGGGCAUCAUCGGAACACAUUCGGCUCAAAGUCAUAUUCCUGUGAGCGUGCUGAAGACUUCCACCGUGGAAGGGAGGGAAUCUGAGCUGGAGUCAGAAAAGGUCCUUGAGCCGCACAGAGCAGAAAGGCUACGAAGCCUCGAGCAAGAGCGAGCUUUGGAGGAAGAGCGCAAACGAGCGCUUCAGUGGGAACAGAAGGAAAUGGAGAGAUUUGAGCGGCAGCAGGUGUUGGAAAGACAAGAGCGAGAAGCUCUGCAGUCAGAAAAGAAACUUGCUUCCGAAAGAGAGAGGCUGGAGAGGGAGCAAUCUUUGGCUUGGAAGCAGGAAGAGCGAGAGCAAACCUUGGCAAGAGAGCAAGCGAUGGCGCUGGAGAGGCAAAGGGAGAUGGAAAAGCAAAGGGCCUUGGAGCAAGCACGUCUCCAGCGAGAACGAGAGGAGAUGGAAAAGCAAGCCAGGGAAAUGGAGUUACAAAGAAUCCAGGCUUGGGAACGGGAGCAAAGAGAAAAGGCUCUUGAGAAAGAAAUGUUAGAAAGGGCCAAAGCUUUGGAGGCAGAGAGAAGAGACAAAGAAAGGGCAUUGGAGCAGGAACGGUUAGAAAGGGAAAAAUUAGAGCAACAGCGACUCGAGAGGGAGCGAGAAGCAUUGGAAAAACAACGGCGUGAACAAGAAGCGUUGGAGAAGGAGAGAGAGGAAGCCUUGAGGAAGCAGAAAGAACGCGCUUUAGAGCAGGAACGUCUUCACAGAAUGCAAGUGGAGAAAGAACGACUGGAGCAAGAGCGCCUGGAACGAGAACGUCUGGAGCGAGAGCGCCUGGAGCGAGAGCGUCUAGAAAGAGAGCGCCUUGAACGAGAGCGCCUGGAACGAGAACAUCUGGAGCGAGAGCGCCUGCAAAGAGAGCGCCUGGAGCGAGAGCGUCUAGAAAGAGAGCGCCUGGAGCGAGAACGACUGGAGCAAGAGCGCCUGGAAAGAGAGCGGCUGGAGCAUCUGGAGAAAACGCGCCUCGAGCAAGAGCGACUCGAAAAAGAGCGUCUGGCGAGAGCAUGCGCAAAGCAAGAGCAACUAGCGCCGGGCGAUAGAGCAGGGCCGUUCAAUCUUGAUAGGAAGGACCAAGAGAGGGAGGCUCUAGAAAACAGGCUCGAGGACAAAAUCGCAGUGGCAAGGGCGAGUGGACAGGAAAUGUUAGAGAAGAAAACAGCCAAGGAGUUGGACAUUGAGCUCCCGCUCUCUCUUACCUCUCCCGCUCCUCCCCUUUCCACAGGACUAGCUAGAAAACCAGUGGCAGAGGUCCAGGAAGAGGCCAAAGCUCCGAGUGACUCCCAAGCAGCGGAAUCAAGGUCACCGUUGGCAUCUCCGCAGUCAUCCCUGAAGAAAUUCCGCUUCUUAAGAGACCCGCCCGUUCAGGCCCAGUCCACCACCUCCAUGGUCAUCAAACGGCACCGCACCUUCUCCGAUACGCCCCAGACUCAGGUGUCCCUUUUCCCCUCCUCCCCUGCCGCUUUCGGAGAGCAGCGGGAGAGCCAAACCUCUGCUCAGCAGGAAGUUAGCACGAAAACACAGGGUCCGCCGGGGUGCCGUUCUGAGGAAGAGUCUGCUUUUCACAACAAAACAAGUUCCAAAGAAGGUUUAGCAGCUGAAGCAUCGCAGGAGAAUGCAAAAGAUGGUUCCGCGGGCCAGGAGGAGCUGGCCAAGGAAAGCAGCAAGACGUUGAAAGAUGGGACUCGAGACCAAGCAAGCCCGGCAAACGCUGUACAAAGAAGAGAAAAACGCUCAUCCUCCAAUGAUUCGGCCUCCUCCGAAUCUGAUUCCGGGUCCUCGUCAUCCCGCUCGUCUUCCUCAUCCUCCUCUUCUCGUGAUAAAAUCUCCACUUCAAAGAAGAGAAGGGAAGGAAACCGUGACAGUACUUCAGCCCAGUGUCAAGAUGACAGCAUAAAAGAAAGCCAAAAGUCUGUUGAGAAGACAAGCACAGCAGAUGAUGAGGUUGCCAAGAAAGCAACAGCCGGAGAUGAGACGAAAAGCAAAGACGGUGACGGUUUGGAGCGAAAGGAUGAAUCAAGCCACGGGACUGAGUCUGCUAUGGCAGAGUCAGAGAAACUUGUGGAGGCCAGUGAGGAGGCAUGCAAGGCCUUCUCACCUCGGAAGAUCUCUCUUAGCAGCAAUAAGUCCUCUCCAGGCACCGGCAGUACAGAUGGCGAUCAGGAAUCUGGGACUGCAGGGGGUCGCAAGAGGAGGUGGGGUUCCUGCACUGCGGUCACUGGCAAGAAACCUUCCAUCAGCAUCACCACAGAUUCACUCAAGUCUCUGAUCCCUGACGUCCGUCCGGGUUCGCUCCAAGAUGCUGUUGUGGACCUGCAUCCUGAGGAAGUUGUGCUGUCUGACACCGAGGAAGAAAGUCAAGAGACUCCGGAGCAGGACCUUCAGAUCCGACGCACUGUCACCCAAGAGGUGCCUUCAGAGAGUCAAGAGAAUGGACAGAAACAAACCAAGAGGAGGAGAUGUGAGCAUGUGGAGGAAAAUGACAUUCAGGGAGACCACAAUAGGACCCGAUCUCAUGAAGACAAACCUGAGGAAGACAUGGAAACCCGGUCACCAGUCCAACCCACCCAAGAUGGAGAAAUCAGCACUGCGGUCGAAAGCAGCACUCUCAUUCGUCGCUCCAUCAGUCAGCAGAAAUCGGGCGUUUCCAUCACCAUCGAUGACCCCGUACGCACCACACAACAACCAUCUCCUCCGCGUGGCAAAGUUUCCAGCAUUGUUCACGUCAGCAACCUGGUGAGGCCAUUCACUCUUGGGCAACUGAAGGAACUGCUGGGCCGAACCGGCACCUUGGUGGAGGACGGCUUCUGGAUCGACAAAAUCAAAUCUCACUGCUACGUCACUUAUUCAAGUUCGGAGGAGGCGAUUGCAACACGAGAAGCUCUCCAUGGGGUCAAGUGGCCUCAGAGUAACCCAAAAGUUCUUAACGUAGACUUCAGCCAGCAGGAUGAGCUGGACUUCCACAAAGGCUUGGGCGCAGCGGAGAAACCGGGAACGGAGGAGCAGUGGCCGGCUUCCAACCGUUUUCAAGCAGCCAGCCUGCCGCCCCUACUUCCCAAGCGAGACCAGUGGGCCGAACGCGAGCGGGAAAUGGAGCGCAGGGAGAAGGCGCGCUCGGAGCGCGAGUGGGACCGCGACAAGGUGCGGGAGUUUGGCAAAGCUGCAAAUGAUGGCGUGGGAGAUCACCGGAGGUCACGCUCAAGGGAGAGACGGCGCAAGGAGAGGGGGAAGAGCAAGGAGAAGAAGACUGAAAAGAAAGAGAAAGCUGCCGAGGAACCCCCCGCGAAGCUUCUUGAUGAUCUUUUUCGGAAAACUAAAGCAACUCCUUGCAUCUAUUGGCUUCCACUUACAGAUGAACAGUUUGGCGAGAGGGAAGCCGCCAGAGCGGAGCGGAUGAAGGAACGGGAACAACGACUGAAGCAGCAGCAGCAGCAGGAGGAAGAGGAGGAGAAAAAAAGCAAAGAAGAGCGAAAGGAGAAAAGCAAAGGUGGUGGUGCUCUUGCAACAGGAGAGCGGAGCGAGGGGGCGAAAGACAAAGACCGAGAGAGAGAACGAGACAGGGAUAGGGACAGAGGUAGGGAAAGGGACAGGGAGAGGGACAGGGAGACUGACAAAUACAGGGAUGGCUACCGAAGGCCGGGGGCCAGCGGAGACGGGGGCAGCAGACGCUCCCGUAGCCGCAGCGACCCGCGAGACAGGCGGCGUUAAUCAGCUGAUGGAACUGUCUCGUGAACCCCGGGGGCACUCUUCCAUUUGCCUUCCGCUCCAUGUACUUUGUUUCCAACCGAGACCCAGCAAAGGACCAACCCACGUCGUCACCCAUUUUAGUUCUCACCUCAAAGCACACGUGCACACACGCAGACGUGUCGAUAGGGGACCAGAAAAGUUGCAGUCUUGUCGUACGAGUCACUCCUUGUCGAGGUUUGAUGUAAAUGACCUUCAUUUCACGCAUUUGCCAGCCCUGUUUCUUUGAUUUCCCUCCACGCAGCAUAGCAGUACGACUGCUGGGUCCUUUUGUUCCUCCCUUCUGACCAAAAGUAUUGGUGCCAUCAUUUGCUCUUUGACUCCACAUUUAACAGGCUUGCACUUUGGAUGGGGGAGGACUCGUCGCUGCAUGGAAACCAACAAUCUUCUCAGCCGUCCUGCCUCCCGAGACAGAGCAAACUCGUCUCUGUGCAGAGAUGCGCUGAAAUGUGGCCAACGUGUGUGGCAUUCUGUACAGACAUCUUUAAUCAUACCUUUUUAACCGAGGCAGCUUUGGAGUAUUUUGUUCUUAGGCGAUGCAGUGUUCCUCUCUCCGGCUGUCUGGAAAAGAAAGAAAGAAAGAAAAAAAAAUAUACACGGAGACUGGAGGCGGCGCAUUUUCGGUCGCACCAGAUUUCUUUAUUAUUAUUAUCUCAUCUAUGUCGGUUCCCUUCUCUUGGCGUCCUCCGACGUGCUCACCAAGUUGGGCUUAUACAGGCUGUCAAGGGGAGGUUGUACUAUUUUCAGUUUUCUCACCAAUGAUUUUAAUGUUGUUUUUAUUUUAGCAUUCUAGUACAAAUGCUUUGUUUUAUUUUUUAUUUUCAUUUCUUCUUUGAUUACGCCUAUCAGUGGUGAAUGUACAAAUAAAAAAAAUUGGUAAAAAGUUUGAAAAUAA